UCGCACCCCUGAUGACAUACCAAUGAAAUUUCAGAUGACCAACGAUCGAGCCAGAGUCGCCUCAUAAUAGAGUGAGUCACGAGAUGAGAGGCACCGGAUGUGCGUGGAUUUACCAACAACCCAGCAACCAUUUUUAUAAUCUCAAAGCACGCAAGGAGAAGCGAGGCACGCGGUUUCCUCUCUCCCCCAUUUCCUCUCUCUCUCUCUUCACAUUAUAUAUUGGAUCAAACAAAAUCCGGUACCGUCAGCCGCCAUUUGCCCGCAUCCAGCCACAUCCGCAUAUUUAAGUUGGUGCAUUCGAGAUUAGUAUCGAUUAUUUUUUUUUCUUUUCUCCGUCUUUUCUCCUUCGUUCUUUUCUGUUUUGAUUCUGUGUUGUUGGUUACAUGCAUUUCUAACACUAUAUGCGCCGCCUCGUCGAGAUGAGGUAAUUGCUAUUCAGUACGUUAGCGGUGAACGAGGCGUCGUCAACAUUCCUAGCGGCGCGUCUGGUGAGACUCAUCUUUUCCUCGUUCUAUACAACCACCACGCUGCCGUUUUUUUUUUUAUAAAUUAAACAUGCAGCCGAGCGUGAUUCUUCCUCGCAUUUACACUCUCGCUACGUGCUGGGUCCUAAUCAAAUUGAGAGAGGUUAAGAAGAACCUAUGGAUCACUUCCAAUGGGAUGGUGUUGGAAUCCAAGAGCAUUUCCUAUGGUACUCUGGACGACAUUGCGCAGAACCCUCCGCCACCUACUCAUUCAGCAUUCCUUCACGUGACUCAAUUGAUCAGCCAAGCGACAGACACUAGCCUCAAUCUACGACGGACUCCUUCAAGUGAAAUGACCCAGGACCUGUAUCAGAGGCAACCGCUUUUGUCAUCUAAAAAUGAAGGCUGGGAUGAUUGUAGCUCGUCUGAACCGUCUACUUUAUACGAAUCGAGAGGCUCGUCGAACGGGAGUCGGAGCAGUGGCUCGGUCACUAUCAACGGAUUGAAUAAAAGUAUUACCAGCAAUGGCAGUAGUAGCAGCAGCAGCAGCAACGGAACGAAACCUGAAAAUGGCAUCAUCCGCAUCGACGUGCCUGCACCACACAGAGACGAACCUAAAUUCCCACGCGAGUACUUUAAAACUCUUAUCGCAUUCUUGUUCUGCCUUUUCAAUUGGUUCUUGACAACCAUUUCGCUGGCGUUGGUUCACGAGCGAGUACCUGACCGGACGCAUUACGGCCCACUUCCUGACGUGUUUCUUGACAAUGUACCGGCCGCCGAUUGGGCCCUUGAUGUAUCGGAGAUACUCAUAAUCAUCUCAACUACAUCGUGCAUGAUUUUGCUCUUUUUCCAUAAAUACAGAUCAAUUGUUAUGCGGAGGGUGUUUUUCCUUUUGGGUGUAUUGUACAUGAUGCGAGCAUUCACCAUGUAUGCCACAGUUAUGCCUGUUGCCUCCAGGACUUAUUACUGUUCUCCAAAGUCCAAUCACACGGGAGCUGCUGUUAUAACCUUGCGAGCGAUCCGGAUUCUCGUUGGAAUGGGCUUAUCGAUCAACGGUCAGCACGUUUACUGUGGCGACUACAUCUACAGUGGCCAUACCGUGAUUCUAACUGUGUCGUCGCUGCUUAUUCAAGAGUAUACCCCGAGGAAAUGGCGGCCGUUGCAUUGGCUCUCGUGGCUAGUCACCUGUCUGGGCGUUGUCUUUGUUAUGGUCGCUCACGGACACUACACUGUGGAUGUCCUCAUUGCCUACUACGUCACCACUCGCGUUUUCUGGAUGUAUCACACCAUGGCCAGCAAUACCAUCUUGAAGCAAAACGGACCGUCCAAUUACUUGUCGAGGUUGUGGUGGUAUUGCAUCUUCACCUAUUUUGAGCGUAACGUGGGUGGUGUUGUCCCAAGACGUUACGAAUGGCCGCUGCCUUGGCCUCGCCAUUUUCUCUCCAAAUACCCGGAUCGUAAUAGCUAGUGCCGUCUUUUAAGCGAAGAAGAACGGCGUCAAAGCCAUACAAAACUCUCUUCCGUUCAGUUCAGUUGCCUUGCUGUGUGUGCAUUCACCUAGUGGAGCGAAAGUGUUAGUAUCUAUACGGACGAGAAGACGGUGGAAUUGGAAACUUUGGCCAAGAAUAGCAAACGCGAACAUGUUGGGUUCCUAAAGAGUCAUUUGCCUAAACAUGUUCAUAAUUAUAUCAGUGGCAAGAAUGCGCGUUUUCUUUGUUCCCCUGGAAAGGCGAAGCGCUCAUCCCAUAUGAAAAGUUGAAUUCGGUCUGAACAAUCCAGGAAAAAAAUUUAGUAUGUUUGGGAAACACUGUAAAACAUUAUUGCGCUUGAAAUUUUUUUCUUUAGAUUUUUGUUAUCGUGGCCCUUUAAUUCUAGAAAUUAAGGCGCUGCGUAUUUGUGCCUCAUUAUUUCAUUGUGUCCAUACUAAACAAAAUGUCCAGGUUGGUCAUCAUCAUUAUUCUACGAAAAUUUCUUAUCCUUUCGAAAAUUAUCUCGUGUGUUUGUUCGUUCGAUCAUUAAGUAUUUCAUUUAAAUGUAUACAGAAUUAUGAAUAUAUUAUUCAGUCAUGUGGAAAACAGAAAACAUUUGAAGACUGAAA